UCGGUCUUUGUAAAUAGCGGAGUUGGGGCCCUGUGCGACAGUAUAUUAGAAUGUACUCUGUGGCAGUGCCUCAACUGGUUUCACGAGGAACGGUUGUGCGCGUGCUGCGCGUUGAGCACGCGUUUGAUAGUUUAAUCCAUGGACGUGCUAGUGCCAUCGUAAUUAAAAGGAUGAUGAUCGAUCGCUAUAAAGUUCGCCAAGGAGUUUUCAGUGAAGUGAAUAUUAGAAAACGAAGUAUUCUCGAUAGCUAACAUCUGCGUGAGUGCAGUCGCGGCAAAAACUUGUGUUUAACAUUGAGUGUUUGUGCAACGAACAAAAAUGGGUUUAAUGAAAUGGAUAGUUGUGUUACCGAUACAUUUAGUGCACGUAUUUGCUGCCAAUCCCUGCUGUCCUGAAGGACAAGCGCUGUUGGUGAAAAGGGAUGGAUGUUGGAAUCCAAAAACCAACGUGACUUCGCCUGCUACAUUGACUUGUAAGGUUGCUAUUAAGUUCGUAAAGAACUUUUACAUCAAUGAAGCUCAACAAUUGAAGCUGAGCUUAGGCGGAGAAACUGACGAGACAAUUGAACCCGACGCGUAUUGCGCGGGCAACUUAACAACGAUACGGGAUGUGACUCUUAAUAAGACGAAGCCCGCUGUCAUAGUGUGCGCCGACGAAAAUGAGGAAAUAAUUGACGACAGAAUAAUGGGUUAUACCAUGAUAGUCUCAGUUGUAUUCCUAGCAGCCACCGCAGUUAUAUACGGCUUUUUACCGGAAUUAAGGGAUGUCCAAGGCAAGAGUAUUAUUAACUUCUGCACCAGUUUAGCCAUCGGUCUCGGGAUAUUGGUCAUUAUGAAACUCAUGGAGUACAGCGACAUGGACCUAUGCGCAGCUAGAGGAUUUUUAGGUUAUUUCUUUACAAUCGCAGCCUUUUUCUGGUCAAACGCAAUAUCAAUACAGGUUCUUUUGAACACAAGACGGCCUGCUACUUUGGACUACAGUUGGCAUGAAUUCAAGUGGUAUGCACUGUACGCGUGGGGAGCUCCCGCAGUCCUCACUAUAUGCAUGGCGAUCGUCAACUUCCACCCCGGUUCACACGCAAAGCCUGGCAUCGGACUCAACCACUGCUGGUUCUUCAAUAAAAAGCAGCAGUGGUAUUACAUGUAUAGCGUGUUGUCAAUACUACUUGCAGCUAACAUCUGUAUAUUCAUAUACACUUCCCUGUUAAUAUGGCGCCUGUCUUUCUCGUCAAGUCAUAUAAAAGCAGUUAAAUAUAAGUUUGUGAUGACGGUGCGCCUGAUAGUAUUGAUGGGACUGCCUUGGGUAUUUGAGAUGAUCGGAUCGUUAGCAGGGGAACAUAUUAUAUGGUAAAGGUGAGCAAUCGUCAAAAGCACAUUCCUAUCGUAAGUUCGUAGUGCAGUCACAAUUUGGUGGAGCAUUGAUCGUUAAAGCCGCCGAUGUGAUAACACGCUUGGGUUAUUUCCACGCACUAAUUGGCCUCGUAAACAAUACCUAACUAAUUAUUCGCGAACCCAAUGUUGCUGAUUACAAUGACAUAAAAGCAGCCACUAGAGACUUUAUCGUUGCUUUAAUCGAAACUUUACAGGAAUGUUACAAGCAUAAAGGUAGUAAGAAGGUAAUUUUCUCACAUCAUGCGUGAAAUAUUGGAUCCGACACGCUUAACCGAACAGACGAGUAUAAUGUUACCUAUCUCAUUAAAUUGUAUCUUUUCAAAACUUUCUGAUGUAAAAUCAGCACCGUUCGACAUGUCUCGAUGUAAUAAUGUUCCAUUCGUAUCAUAUUAAUAUCAGUUGCCCUCUUGGGCUACUUUGACAAAAGAAAGCUUGCAUCGACGGCUUCCGCAUCCCACGCCAUUUAAAUUGCGUUUCAUAUAAUCUGCCACGCAUAUUUAAAUAGUGUAGGCUGGUUAAGCUAUUUCAAUGAUAUAAUAUCAAGUUUGUUGAUAUGAUGAAUUAAGAUGAAUUCUAUAAAUUGUCUUUGCGGACCAGCGCCAACCGGAACUUACAUUAAUCUUUUGUCUCCUUCUAGCUGUAAUCUCAUACAGACUUCUUUGAAAAACAGUUAACGUUACCACUACUGUUAUCAUACUGAAUAUCAGUUUCACAAUCAUUGAUUAAGAAACUGACACUAUGUGGAUUAAAAUUAGAAGAAUAAUGAUUGCUAGUUACUUGAAACUCGAUAUGUUCUCAUGAAACAGUCACUUGCCAUGCGUAAACAUCCCUAAUCUAAAUUGGUCGUGUAUUGUAUUAUCCAUUCACAAAUAAAGCAGUAACACUUAUCUUAUCUCCUCCGGUAUCAAAUAGAAACGAGUGUGAACUUCUUUCACUACGUCCAACGGUAACAUGUCAAUAAAAUCAUUUUAUCAAUGGAGAUACGCGAUCACUGAGACCUCCAAUUCUUAAUUCCGUGUGGGCGUUGAAUUAAUUCCACAUAUUUCUUUGUUAAUUUCAGUACCAUCAAAAGGUAAUUAAUCAAAUUUCUGUGCCGUUACGAUAAUGUUUUUUAAAUGCCGUGUUUGAACAUCAUUACCAUUUUUUAUAUUUUCAUGUCAUGUCAUUCUUAGAUUACAGUGUGUUUUUAAACGAGUGUUGUUUUUUGGUGUGUAUGAAAUGUUUGUCGUCACGCAACGGUUUAAAGAAAUUCGACCUGUUAUUUCAGAUGUGCUUCCUGUAUAAGAUGCGAGUAAGUUUGUUAUGCUGUUGUCGUUUCGCUAACGGUGCGUCCCCACGUGUUCCAUUGUUCUGUAGCUUCCCAUGAUUUCGUAAUUUACUGUUGCGUUUCACGCUUUCUUCCUUGUCAGUCAUCAAACAAUCAUGUUUGUUUACGCAUGAUUAUGUUUGUUGACAUCUUGACAGAAACGUUUAUAGUGUUACCACAAAUAACGUCUUACGUAAGUGUUUUAAUAAGUUGCUUUCACAUUUUGUAAUUACAUGUGACAGCUAUAGAUUUAUACACUUACAAUUUUAUCUUUACUAGACUGAGUGUAAAAGUAAUUUUUAUUUCUUACAUUAUUAUCGAAUUUUGCGUGUGCGGCUAAUUGAAGUUGACGUGGGCCGAAACUGUUCACGAGGCAUUGAAAACGGGUCAAUUUAACCCAUUAAACUGAAUCGAUUACGAUCUGAGCGUAGAUGCUUAUGUAUACAAUACUGUAAUCGUUGUGCAGACCGGUAACCACUGGCCAACCUUCGCUGGGGACUUUAAGUACGACACCGGACAUUCAGUCUUGACGCUAAAGCAAUAAAAUUCCUAAUUUAUUACCACCAUUUCAAGUAAGUAGGACGAUUGUACUCGCGCAUUAACAAAUAUGAAUUCAACCUCCUAGAGAUAAGAUCUUUUCUCACUGAUUCUCACGUGCCCAUGCAUGAGUAGUUUAUCGAUAAAUUUCAUUUUAUUUAUACUGAAGGUAUUGUUGGAUCUUGUUGUUUUAUUGAUGUACAGUUUCCGAUUUGUGGUUUAUGUCCUUUUAGGAAUGUAACCAACACAGCGUAGGCUCGCCUACUACAGUUUUUAUACUCAGCUAUUGACAAAGCUAAUCAAUCGCUUAAGUGUCGCCACAAAUACUGGCAACAAGGUCGCCAGUGAUAUAAUUUCCAUAUAUGUGAGGCCUUACUUUAAUAGCCUUAUUGAAAUCAAAAUAUACAUCCAUUAUAGCUCCAAAUUAUGAGAUCUCUAAGUCUAAUAUUUAUAAUCUUUAAGAAUUCCAAAGGGACCUUACAACUUACAACUGCAGGCAGUAAAUAAGUACGACCAAUAGAACCAACAACUUUGGAAUGUAAAUAGAAUCGUCCGUUAGAUUGGCAAAUUAGUCUUGGAAUAAGCGUUUCCUCAUGAGUUAACAUAUAUUAGAAACAAGGAAAACGAGGAAUGACCGUAUAAGGCAAAUUAUUCUAUUUAAAUCAUUCGAAACUAACUGUAAUUGAAUAAUGUAUUUUAAUUGUAACGUUGGUCGGUUGAGCUUAUCUAAAAUCAACAAUGACUAAUACAACUGAUUACAUGGAAACUAUUCGAAGCGUGCAUCCAUUAACUAUGACCACUGACGCAAACCUCAUUGCUUACAGCUCAUUACGCCUAUUGUAAUAACUAUGGACGUCAGCGCACUAAGUUAAGAUUAUAACGUUUAGUUCCAUUGCAUUCACAAUCACUGUCAGAAAUAUGUUUCUAUGUAAUAAGAGCCUUCUCUAUGAGAUGAUGCAAGAUAUUUCAUUACAAAUGUGGAAAUAGAACGCAUUAGCGGUGCCCGUGUUCAUUCUAAACACCCACAUGCUUUCCUGUGUCAUCAAUCAAUCAGAAACUAACAAUCAAUGUCUAUAUCAAUUGUGCUCAGCGAUUUUUUAUCCUUUGCUGAUCGGCAUCCCUUUCCACAAUUAUCUUUGAAUUUUAAUUACAGUGUCGGUCUUGCGACUGUCAUUGCAUCCUUUGAUUAAUUACGCGAGUUCAAUUAAGUUCAUCUCGUUACAGAUGAGAUCUCUAUGACGCACUAUGCAUCGAGUAUUACUGAUGGGUUUCGAUUAUUUUUAGUGUAUUCUACGGCUGAGAUAUUAAGUUUAAAUAAAUAGUACUAUUUCUGACUGUUAAUGCCUGGAUAAAGGUUACUAUUAUUGCCACACGGUGAUCAGGUGCUGUAACACCGCCUGCACGACGGAAGCUGUGGGCGGCGACCGGGGCGUGCGCCUACGCCGCUGUGGCUGUGAUUAUGUCACCCAUACCUUCUCAUCAUAUAAGGACAGCUGUGCGGAAUCCCACAACUCAUUAUAGUAACGCACCGAUAAUUACAGUUUUAUCACCUACCAGUUUCUCAUUAUUUAAAAUCCACAUUCUAAGAAAGCUAGUUAAACCGAUUUUAACAUUCGUUUAAGGUUAUUUAUGUCCAAGGAUUGUAAAAUGGUCUCAUUAUGCAUUUUUAGAAUAACCAAAAAUACUUUUAAAAUCCGUUAAUUUAAUCCCGGCGCUCGUUUGUAAUAAUUUAUUACGUAAUAAUCGUUAAACAAAAUCUGGUAUUUCUAUACCUGCUUACCGUUUACUUGGCACGUGUUUACCAUAGAGAAUAGAACGUAUGCCUAUUUAUAUUCAUCAAACCAAUAGUCAUGCGCUUCAUCCAUUAAGCAACAGUAGCUGUGUAUAGUAAACAAACAAAAUAUUCAUUUUCGGACCUAUACCAAGCUUCUGACUUUGUUAAUAAAGACUUUCCGGUAAAGGAAUAUGGUUUAAAAUAUGAAUUACGUCAAGAGACUUAAGUUGUUCUGCGCUUAAGCUGUUUACGGCUGCUGCCAUAAUCUCAAAGCGGAUCUCUGUAUGUCUUGUGUAAACCUGGGCUGUAGAUCAUAAGGUGUACCGCAAGGAGUGCACGGGGGACCUUUACUGGCGAAACCGACUUGUCUGGGAUAUAUCUUAUGAUGCCAACUGAUUUAUGAGUAUCGUGCAUCUUUUGCCUAAUAUCUGUAUGCUUGAUUCUUACAUGGACAAAACACAAAACGUGUAUAACUUAAAGUAUACUUGUAGAAUUUCACGAUAUCUCCAUAAACAUUGAUUUAGCAGGACAGUGUCGCAUUGAAAUUGGUUACUAAAGUAAAUCUGUCAAUAUAAACAAAACGUUCUACGAGUGCGCGUGCGCUCGUGUUUGCUCCCUUCUUGUUUUACGAGACUCGAAGAUUUAUUUACAAUUAGUGAAGAUAACGGUUAGUUUCAUUACUUGGCCUGUUUUGUGUUUACCCUACUUACUGUUUUGUGUAAAGUUAAAUUACUAACUCUUUAGCUGGCGUCGUACAUUAAGUUGAAUAUGUUACCAUACAUGUAAAAUACUACGGUGUUAUUGUACUCAUAUGGAUCCAUUGCCACAGUUUUAUGGAUGCACAGUCUUCCUUAUAGUGUUUCUUGAACUCAAUUGCAAAGUUAAGCACUACAGAUACGUGUUAAAAUGUGCCUGAUUGUAUCUCAUCUGGUAUUCCGAUUGUAAAAUACUCCUACUUUAGGGGCAACACGCUUGUGUGAGAAAAUAUCCCAAUAUAAAAAACGACCACUGACAUUGUCUUUAAAGCUUAAGAUUGAAAUAUGUGUAGUCUAGACUACUGUUCACUCCUUAUUGUUUUUCGCAUAAUGCUCAACUAUAAAUCAUUCUAUCCUAUUUACAAUUUUAAACGCAACAUUGAAUCCAUUAAUAAUGGUUGCAGUACACAAAGGCUUCAAAGAAUUUCGCAACACAGUCAAGCGUGGCUUGAGAGUAAUAAAAUAGGCGAGUCGUCCUACAUUCAUAAUUUAUAAUUUAGCAGAAGCGAUCGUUCUAGUUUCUUGAUCGUAUGAACCUAUUUAUUAAAUUGUUUUUGUGUAUUAUGUAAACAUAAUUGAGUACUAAAAUAGAUAGUCUGAAUAUUCAUGUUAAUGUUGCGAUGUAAUAAGUGUAAUAACGAUAAAUUUAAUAUAUCCUAGUAAAUAUAUGUACAAUAGAUAUAUGCAUAUAGAAUAAACCAAGUCCAAAAAAAAAACAUCGUAUUCAGUAAGUCAUAUUAAAGUACUAUUUUUUAUUUGUUACAUCUUAAUUGCGUCCCCAUAUGUUCUUUCACUGUUAUUUUUUGCUACUCUCCUUUCAUUUAACUUAGCGUGUAACUUAUCAUUAUUAACUAUGGUUACUUUACAGACUGUACUACUGCCACUUGAACUGGUUAUGCCAUGUCUGGGUUAUUUAAUAUUAUCUUAUCUCCUUUCUUCGUACGCGAGGUGCACACGUUAAUAUUUUAUUACGCUGAGCUGUCAACACAUUAUAAUGUCGAGACGGCGCAGAAAGUGUCUGCCACCAGAAAUAAACUAUCUUGUCCCACAUAGCUGUCGAUAAGGCCCAGAAUACAAACCAAUUAGCAUGGGGCCUUACGAAACAAUGUUUUCUUAAAGAACUGCGUGAAAUAUUACAAAACACAUCUGUGGUUUGCAGUUCCUUAGAAAAAUGGGGCGUCUUUAUGAAUGCUCGUGUUUUGUGGAAACAGUUGUCAUUCCACCAACAGCUUAGUAAGUUUUUAUGCAUCCAAUGAUUUAUUCGUUUCUUCUUGUUCAAGAAAAACCCAGCCUUAAAUGAAAUCUCUUUUAGGAAUAUCCCUAAUCCUGUUAUCUACACGUUCUUAGAAAUGAUUCUCUUAUAGAUGUAUCGGAAAAAAUGUUUUACAGACGUCAAACGCAUUAAGAUCUAUAUCUAGUAAGGUGCUAUACUAUGAAGUUAUGGUAUCGGCGCCUCUACGUAGGGCCACUAUCGGCCAUAUAAGGCGCAACGCGAGUAACCGCAAGAAUAAUUAAUUGAUCUUUAAGAGCCUUGGGCAUGAAUACGAUUAAAUAAGUGAUCGUUAAAAUAUUUUGAAAUAAUUACAAGAUAACUUACGUACUACUUGCAUUUACCCCGUUUCACCUUGUACAUUUAGUUAUCUGUUACGCUUAUCGUCUUGCAAAUUAUCUCAACUAUAAACAUCGAGAAUUGCAAAUAUCGGAUCGUGGAUGUACUUUAUUACUCGCGCACAUCCUCCUUAUUUGUAUACCUUGACGUUUUCUCUAUUGGGUACAACAACAUUUUAGCCAAUCUUCGUAACGUGAGGAAACAUGUUUCCAACAAAGGUAUUUUAGAAUCCCAAAGUAUGUCUUAGGCAAGAAAUCACACUACGUGAUCGGGGUGGUAAAAUUGCGAAAGCUGUGGAUGCCAAACGCGUCUUUCCAACUUAUCUUGCAACAAAUAUGGUCAUACACUCGGCAGGAGUCGAACUGGCUAUCUAUGUGCAUUGUUACUAGUAAUGUGUUUAGUGUGUUUACGCCUCGAUAAUGAUGAACGACGUUUGUAUGUUCGCCAUGUCUUGAAUAUAAUACAUAAAUUAAAAUUCUAAUUGGAUGCGAACUCGAUGUAUCGAUAUCCUAGAAGCUUGGGAUGAUAAUCAUGUUGGAAUUUUUCUGAGAAAACAAAAACCUUGGUUCUUGUCUGAGAAGCAUCGGAAACAAAAAAAAAUAAGUAAACAACAAAACAAACAGCUCUUGAGUUACGACCGCAGCGUUUCGCUUCGCAGAUGCACAGCGCAGCGUUCAUGCAUUUUGACAUUGUGACCCACACAAAUAAUACAGUUUACAAGUACAUGCGGGUAUAAUACUUAUAAAGUAGUGAUCGAUGGGGUGACGUCAUCGACAUUGGCUCAUUAUAGAAAAACGUGCUGGUAAUCUGUCACGUUUUCCUAGAAAUAAAAUAUAACAUUAUGAAUCAGUGUCUCUGUACCAUUAUUUAUCAUUUCCGUAUACCGUUCAGAUUUCUCCUAUUUUUUUAUCAUCAGCUGUUAAUCAUGUCGAACGUUUAGAAAUCAUUGACCUCCUUGUUGAAGUCUAAUGUUUUAUUUGAUUCAUAAACUUGAUUCUAAAUUUGGUGUUCGCUCACUGAUAUCACUCCUGCAUUUAAACCUUGACACGACCCGUCCAAUAUUUUCAAUUCUAUCUCCUUAUGCCUCGACAGUUUAUUUAUAUCCAGUGCAACUGAAUGGUUCAUGUUUAUAAAUAAUGUUCUACAUUCUAAAACAAAGGCUGAUGCGUUUCUUCGAAAUAAAAACAUGUCAACAGGCACAAUAGCGGCGGUUGUGGUUGUCCCUUAUUUAACGAGUACUAAAAGUGGUCAUUAUAAAGCUAUGAACGCAUUCUAAUCGGUGCUUGACGGGACCAAAAUGAGUUGAGAGUUCAUCGGUGGUCGUAAUAUUUUUAUAAUUAUAGCGACGCAAUCAUUAAUGUCUUUUCUGGACAUUUCUAUGGUACGUAUUUUAUAAUGAUUCUCUAUACCAUUGAAAGCGAACUCAUUAAAUAUUCGUAUAAAGUUUGAGUGUCAAAAACAUGUUUCAGGUUCAAAAAUAACUUAGUCUGUCAUUUUACAUUUAAUAUUAGUCACGUGUAAGUACUCUAAAAACCUUUGUUUACUGCAAAAAUGUGUACAUUACAACGACAGAUAUAACUUAUUAUUAUUGUCGAGAUAUUCAUGCAAUGAACGCGGUAAAUUAUUACAUUAUCCUCAACCGUAACAAUACUUUAAUUGUACAUGUCGACAAAAACACCGACCUUAAUACACGAUUAAGUCUAUAAUGCAGCCUACUAAACAAAAUAUUACGGUCUAAUGAAUUUCCAAUAACGCACCUCGAAAGAGUAACAAUCUAAAGGUUUUUCUAGCAAUGACUCAUAGCAAUUAGAUGCCACGAUUUGUUCAUCUAUACUCGAAGCUAACUCGUGAGUCACAGUUCAACUGUAACCGAACGAAUUUAACGCUAGUAAAGAAAACCAGCGUAGUGGAACCUCCCCUGCGCUUUCAACAAGAGGAAUGAGGGUUCAAAGUGAAGCUCUACAAUGUCUGAGAGUUCAUCCUGUGGUCCCGUGACGUCAUUACAUCGAUAGUCUUUUUGUCGAUAACGUCGUUCGCCAGAUGAUGAACCUUUUUUAUUUUAUUUCAGCUAUAAUGACAGCCAUGUGCACUUCAAGGGCAGGUUUAGUACACUCGUCUUGUCCGUUCAUUCAUUAAGUUUUCUUGCGUACACUGAGAAAAGGCUUGUUAUUCCAGUUUAGUAUCUACUUAGUUAUUUUAACAGGUACUUUUACAACGUUUUCUCUGUUUUUACAUUAUUUUUAUUGCACCGUACAUGGAUUUUGUGUAUAAUGAAGAGACUUGUGACUUUAUGGAUGUACUUGCUAACUCUCACGAUGGAUCAGUAAUAUUUUCCCAUGUGUUUUCGUCGGAUGUAGGCUUCUUAGUUUAUUUUUGAUAUAAAGUAAAGAUGUGUAAGGAGUAUCAAAAACACAUUGUAUAAUUCUCCAACUAU